AUGGAAGGUUGUCCUUUGACAUACUAUUUAGGAGAAUUGCCACAAGCUCUUCUCAAAAAAGGAAAGCUUUCUGAAAUUUGUCGAGUGACAACUAUCAAAGAGGAUAACACUCAAGAAAUUUUCUAUCGUCAGACGUACAUCUUGCAAAAUGAUUCUAUGCUGGUCACAACGCAAUCAAUCUCAAAUUCAAGUGCGAGAAUCAGCACAAUUCACAAAAAUCGCGGUGUCUCCGCCAAAUAUCAAAAUCGAAUUGACGAGUUUGCAUGCGGAGAUCUUGCAAGCGAUACAAAAGAGCUUUUGGACAAAAUGAUCACUCUACGAAUUUCAUUUGAGAGAGAGGAUUUUGUUGAUGCACAAGCACAAGCUGCUGAAAAUAUAAUUGAUCUUGUUGAA